UCGGAUCCACGGCGGCUUGAGCUGAUCGCCCGAUUCCCACAUCUUUCUUCCUCUCCACAUCGUCGUCCCAGCAAAUGCGAUUGCUCCGCUGCAACCUGUGCGCAUAGCAGGGGCAUGGACCCAUCAUCCCCAGUCGAAGGCGGUGUUUUGGCACAACUGUGACGUUUUAAGGCAGUUCCCGGCCAGAGCUACCAAUGAUACAAGUCGCUUCUAUUCCGCCGGGCUGGUCGCAAUGAACGGGCGUCGGAGCAGUGCACGGCAAAGGAGCAACCAGAGCGGGACUCGGCCAUCAGGGGGAUGCGGCAUCGGUACGCGGGAGCUGUCUAUCAGCACCAGAUCCCCCAGCAGAAGCGAGCCAGCAGCAGCAACAGCAGCAACAGCAGCAACGGCAGCAGCAGCAAGCCGAGCGGAGAGCCAGACGCGCCUGUUUUCAGCCUGCCGCCCCCGCCCUCUUCUUGUCACCACCGCGAUCGCGCUUCGACUACCGACGUUCACCGGCGGAGCCUCCAGGAGCUCCCGUGCGUGAGCCAGCCCACACCGAGAGCGCCGCACGGCAGAGACACGCCGCCUCGGGCGGGCUCCCGCGACAGCGCCCGCCGAGAGCGAGGCGUCACCGAAGGCAGCACCGGGGAGCCGGCCACUUUGAAGCAGGAGCCCUGGGCCCCGGCCCCGGUUUUUUCGAACUGCCACUGCAGUUUUUCCACGCAGGAGGCGACCCAUUCACAAAACCAGCACCAUCGCGUCGCACCACCGCAGCCCUCCCCACCUUUCCCCCCGCCUAUACCGCCACCACCGAGCACCACCUCCUCCUCCUCACUGCUGUUUUCUCGGGAAUCCAAACGGGGUGAUCGUCUGGGAAGGAGUGCCAAUAAUUACCAACAGGCAAGCAUCGUGGAACGCUGCAGGGGAGGAGGAGGAGCAGUGGGGCAACGAGACCACAGGCAGUUGCAGCAGCAACAGCAACAAGAGCAGCAGCAGCAGCAGCAGCAGCAGCACUGUCAUCCAAGACUCCCACAGAGGGACUCCUCCCCUGAAGGAAUCUGUGCAAACUCACAGAAAAGGUGCACUGACAGAAGAGCGCUCGAGCCUCAGACGCAGGAGCAACAGAUACCACAAUUAAGAGCGCGGCAGCAGCUACUAGUGGGCAGUAGCUUGCCUAUCAACCACUGCGCCAGCGGCUCUGGUGAGCUAUGUAGGACUCACCAAGCUCCACUGCUGCAACGGCAGCAGCAGCAGCAGCAGCAGCAGCCGCCGCCGCCGCCGCAGCAGCAGCAACAGCAGCAGCAGCCGUACGCGAGGACCCCCGCACCAGGCGACCCGCACGGCGCAACGCCCCCGGCGACAGAGCAGGCAGACGCGGCCAAGUCGAGCGCGACUGGCAGCAGCAACCACAGCAACAGCAACAGCAGCAGAGAGAGCCCCAACUACGGCUCCAGCUAUCACCUGUGGCCCGAGAGCCCGCAUAAAGGAGAGGAGAGGAUACGCAUCGAGCUUCGCAAGUUGGCCCCGUGA